GCCAUGAUUAAGCUAGAUGAACAGAAAAUGGAGGAUUGUUAAGGGUGGUUUACAUACAGUGCUACUGUAAAUACAAUGUUAAAAUGUAUAUGUGUGCAAUUGCUCAACAAUGUAAAACACUGUUUCAAUUCCACAUAACGACCAGCUUGAAUAUAGCUACCAAUACAGCCUUCAAGUGACCCUGGUAAACUAGCUGACAGCGAUGUCCCCCCCGGAUAUUAUGAUGAUGACCGAAGCUUUUGUCGAAGCCGCUAGCUAGCUAACUAGUCGACAUUCAAUACGCAUUGAACUUGCAAGCUAAUUAUUACUGUAAGAUACUGACAUCAAGGGCACAUAAAAACGUCGGAUUUGGACCUUUGCCUAGAGAGGUAUGGCACGGAUUUGAUGCGAGAAGUACUGGGUAUGGCUGAAGGGAUUGACAUUGGCGCAAUGCCCUCCUAUGACCUGGUUCCAAGUGCUGAAGCAAAAAAGAGACCCAAUUCAUCAGAUGGCAGAGAAGAACCAAUGAGGAAAAUGCCAGUGUCCAAAUUUGGUUCCCGACCACGGUUUGAACCUGUUCACUUUGUUAGUGGUGGUAGCAGCGGCGGGUCUGGUAAUGAUGAGAAGGAGAAUGACAAGGAACGCCGGAGGAGUGAAGUGAACAAUAUGAGACAGCACGUCUCAGACUCUGACCAUAUGUCUUAUGGCAGUCACCGAGCUCAGGGCUCCUAUGCAGCCAGACCAGCAUUUGACAGAGUAUCAUCAUAUGGUUCUUUUUCUGACUCUUGGAGGGACAGAGAUCGAGACAGAGAGAGAGACAUACCCUCAGGUAGCAUGGUUGGUUUAGGUUAUGGGGGCAGAGGAUCCACCUCAAAUUACAUGGCAAAAGUGCAGCUGGACUAUUCGGCCAGAUACGAGGCCCACAGCAGUAGGCAGAUGGACUCAUACUCUCAGCCCCCAAGGUUUGAUGGAUAUGGAGGGGGCAGUCGAUCCGGAGGUUGGGGGGACAUGGGACGCCAAGGCCUUGGCUUUGGGCAUCAGGACAGACCUUCAUCCAGCAGGCCAUUCAGCAGAGUCUACAGCAGCCCAGGAAGGAACAGCCCGUCUUCUGUUUCUGGGUCUUCUUCACAACCCGUUUCCAUAUCUCAAGCCGUUCUGGAUGAAAAGCAGAGGCUGAUCAAUAGCGUAGCGUCCGCCAUAGCCGUCACUCUACGUGACCCUGCGUUCAUGUGCGGUGCUGAAUCUCCCAACUACAAUUUCAUGCUGAGCCGGAGCAUCCAGGCCUGUAAGACCAACCCAGAGUACAUCUACGUAAACCUCAAGGAUAUCCCUCCUGCAGACCUUCCCAAGAACAGGAAAGUACCAACAGAUGGGUACGCCUGCGAGCUGAGAUGCCAGUGUGUUUACCUCGCUACCGGAUACUCUGGCAGCAAAAACGGGGCACGGGACCGUGCAUCAGAGCAGGCUAUUAAGCUUUUCUUGAAACCAGUGGAGGUCCGUGCCGUGCAGCGCAAAUUCCGACACUCCUUUGUCAAUGAUAUCGUGGUCUGCCAGAUGCAUUGCCCGACCCCAGAGUUUCUACCAGCACUGCGCAACCCAGAGGAUAAGCCAACUCCUAGCUCCAAGGGUCAGUACGAGCCAGACAAACGCAAGCACUGGACAGAGUUUGUGGUGGUCGACAAUGCCCACGAUGCCAUCUGUAUCCUCAACAACUCUGCCGCAUACAACCGCAUGAAAAUCGACUACAAGUUUGAUGUGGUGCCCAACAGUAGUGCGUGGCAAUGUAGUGUCUAUCUGCAGGAUGAGCUGGUGGCACAGGCCAAGGGAAGUAAGAAAACGUCCAAACACAUAGCUGCCGAAGAGGCGGUUAGGAAACUGCGUAUGAACCAGGCGGCCCGACAGCAGCAACAACAACCGCAGCAGUUCACCAGAGGGAACCAUCACCCUGACCCAUCAGGUGGGCGUUUCGGGCAGCAGGGCGGCAGGAAGAAGCACUUGAGCGAAUUGGUUAUCCUGGAGAACUCGGACAAUGCCAUCUGCAUCAUCAAUGACACCGCCCAAUUCAACAAGGUGGCGGCAGAUUACAAGUUCACCGUGCUACCGGACCACCGCUGGAGGUGCGAGGUGUACCUCGAAGGCCAGUACGUAGCGGCGGGCAUCGGACCCAAGAAGACAGUGAAGCACAUUGCCGCAGAGGAGGCCCUGGCCACCCUCCGGCAGACCCAGGCUGUUGUAAAAUCCAACCUUAGGAAGGAGGGAAACGCUGAUGCUCUCUCCCGCCAUCAGAUUCUGAGUCGUUCAGGGGAGGAGGCGUCGAGACAAGAGAUUAAGGAGGACAACAUUGGGAAUCAGCUGCUACGCAAGAUGGGCUGGAAAGGAGGUGGAUUGGGCCGGGAAGGAGAGGGCAUAUCGGAACCUAUAAAGGUGAAAGAGCAGUUCUCAAGAGAAGGAUUGGGUAUGGACAUGGACAAGUCUGGCAACCAGCUCACCAAACGGAACAUCGAGGACAUCAUCCGCAACUAUGCCAGUUCAGACCGUCAGGAUGACCUGCGCUUCUCUACCGAACUUAACAAUGAUGAGCGCAAGCAAAUACACCAGAUAUCCCAGAAGUAUGGCCUGCGAAGUAAGUCUUAUGGGCAGGGCAGGUUACGCUUUCUCAUUGUCAGCCGCAAAGUUCAUAAAGACCAGCUCAUUGGCCAGCUCUUGCAAGAAGGGCAAGUGGGACGCUACGAGCUGGUAAAACCUCAGGCGUCACACUAACUGGAUGUGGCAUACAAUGACUGAUACUAAAGAACAAGUAACACACCAGAUCUAGAAGAGUUAUGUACUUUUGUGUGUAAGGGUGGGGGGUUAAAUGUCUAAUACUUCAAUCUUUUAGGCUUGACUUUUGGGGAAACGUCAGUUUCUGCAUUCCUUUUCCUGAAAGGAAAGUUCAAGCUUAAUUCUUCCGUCAGCUGGAGCUUUUGAAUACAGUUGCAUAUUUUCUGGCAUCAUUGUUUUUAAGCUUUUUCUUGUCACCCAUUCCACUAUUUUGUGUCUUGUCAGCUUCACAUUUGCACAAUAUGCUAGUCUUGAAGUGCUUUGUGCUGUUACAUUAGAGUUCUGUAUUUGGACAGAAAUGCUUUUGCAAAUGUUUUUUUAUGGCUACAGAAAUUGCCCGAACCAGCAGAAUGCCUGCCAUUUUACAUUCUCACCUUCACAUUCAUCAGUAGUAUUGUCUAUCUGGAUGGCAUCACCUCAGGUGAUGAAAGGUGUGAAGAGGCAACACCUGUAACUAUUUGCUGACAUUGCCACAUCCAUGCCAUAAUAAUGGCACUGUUGUACCUUUCCGGAUUGUUUGAAAUGAUCAGUUGCUUCCAUUAAUUGUUAUUUGAACUGUCACAUGGUAAAUGCGUAAGCAGUGGUCUCUGAAAUGUCAGAUACAUCGAUGUGAAUACACUUGUCUGCUUGUUUUCACAGCUGUAAUAAUGAUCAAUAAAUUAAGUCUGGUAAUUGAGUCUUGA